CGCGUUCGCGCGCUUCACACGUCUGUAGCGCACAACCGCAGCACCAUGAUGCUCGCAGGCGCGCAAAUCGUGGACGAGCAGAGUGUGGCCUAUAGGCCUGAUAUAUCAGUGAGGCCUAGUGUCAGCUCCUCCCACACUCCUAGCCCUUCUCCCCAAGGACCUCAAGGCCUCAGACAAACCAUCGCUAAAAUCCCGCAAAGGGACCCAGUGGAUAUCCAUUUCUCCAAUAUCACAUGCACCGUCAGUUUAGGAAUCAAUAAAGGUCAGAAGCAGAUCCUCCAUGGAGUUCACGGUCGACUGCGUCCCCGGCAGCUGAUAGCUAUCAUGGGCCCCUCUGGUGCUGGCAAGUCUACAUUGCUCGAUGUACUCUCCGGAUACCGCAUCAGUGGGGUUGGCGGAGCAGUGUUUGUUAAUGGAAGGGGACGUGUCCUUAAGAGGUUUAAGCGCAUGUCGUGCUACAUACAGCAGGACGACCGGCUGCAAGGUCUGCUCACUGUGGGCGAAAACAUGAUGCUCGCCGCUGACCUCAAGCUGCCCACGAAAUUAGACAAAUACGAAAAAGGGGAAGUGAUCGAAGAUAUCCUAACUAAUCUUGGUUUGUACGAGCACAUGAACACUAGCGCCGCGCAGCUGUCCGGCGGUCAAAGGAAGCGGCUCUCUAUUGCACUAGAGCUCAUCAACAACCCUCUCAUCAUGUUCCUGGAUGAACCCACUACAGGUCUGGACAGUUCCUCAUGCUCCAACGUAGUGGAACUAUGCCGUAGUUUGGCACAUCAGGGGCGGACAAUAGUGUGCACGGUGCAUCAGCCGUCGGCAUCGCUGUUCGCACUCUUCGACCACGUGUACAUGCUGGCAGCGGGCAACUGCCUCUACCAGGGCACCACCGCAAACCUUGUCCCGUAUCUUCAACAAGCCGGCAUACCUUGCCCUAUGUAUCAUAACCCUGCUGAUUACAUAAUAGAAUUAGCGUGCGGCGAAUACGGUGAGGAUAAGAUCGAAUACUUGACGAACAAAGCGGAAAACGGGAGAGACCUGAGCUGGUUCGACGAACCAGAGGGCAUUCCUAGUAUGGAGGCGCUCCGCAAGCAGUACCCACUUAGCGUCCUCAAGGAACAAGACUCGGGACCCGCGGGAGAAGAAACAUCACAGUCCAACCAGACUUCGGUGCUAAUUAAAAGAGGAUUCAUGAAAGCGAAACGUGAUUCUACCAUGACGCAUAUGAGGCUUGUGGUAAACGUUGUGGUGGGCAUCAUGCUCGGCAGCCUAUUCAUCAAGGCGGGUAAUGAGGGCUCGCGUGUCAUAGAGAACUACAAUCUGCUGUUUGCUAUACUGAUGCACCAUAUGAUGUCCCCUAUGAUGCUCACCAUACUCACAUUUCCAUCAGAGAUGUCGAUUUUAAUAAAAGAACACUUUAAUCGAUGGUAUUCGCUGGGCUCCUACUACAUAUCUAUAACGCUUGUGGACCUGCCGAUAUCUAUCGUUUCGUGCCUGGUGUUCAGCAUCAUAGUGUACACGAUGUCGUCGCAGCCGCUGGACGUGGUGCGCUUCCUCAUGUUCUUCGCGAUCUCACUGUACACGGUGCUCGUCGCGCAGAGCUUCGGACUGAUGAUUGGCGCCGUAUUCAAUGUUGUUAACGGCACUUUCCUGGGACCUGCUCUCUCUGUGCCUAUGAUGAUGUUUGCGGGUUUCGGCGUGACAUUGCGAGACUUGCCCCCCUAUUUAUACUGGGGCUCCUACGUUUCCUAUUUACGGUAUGGCCUGGAAGGACUCAUAGGAGCAAUCUACGGCCUCGAGAGACCGACACUUGAUUGUAACCAGGCCAAAUACUGCCAUUAUAGAUACCCUAGGACAUUUUUAAAGGAAGUAGCGAUGUCGCCCGACAUGUUUUGGUGGGACGUGCUAGCCCUCACGGUAUUCGUCUUCGUGUUGAGAACUGCCGCUUUCUUGCUGUUGAAAUGGAAAUUAAAUGCAGUCAGAUAGUCUAGCUAUAGUUUACUUCAGUUAAGUGGUCAAUUUAGGGACUAAUUAACGUCUCUGAGUACGUUACCCCAAAACCAAAGAAUUGUACUAAAAAACAAAAUUAUAUGUGAUUUAUAUUUGACAUUAAACUAACCUAAAAAGUU